CUUAAUGAGGGUAAAUGAUUCAAGUUCAAAGUUUUCUUUUUAAUACUUAGUCGACAAUGUACGCGCGGAAUAAUUUUCUAAACUCGUACGAUUCGUAGAUAACAAGAUUAGUUACAUGUGGAUUGUGGUGAUAUGUGAUCGUGUUUAAACACGUGGGAGUCACAAUGUUUAAAACUUUUUGGAAUACAUUUAUGAACUUGUCAAUGGCAUUAGGCAUAGAAUGGGCACCGCUAAACGUACCAGUUUCACGAAGGCUUCAGACCCUGGCGGCCACUGGCUGGAUCUGCCUUGUACUCUUCAGCGAAGCAGUUGCUAUACUUCUAUUCAUUAAAAUUAUUUACUCUUCAUUUUGGUACUUGGGCUUGUUGUAUGGAGUGUGGAUGCUAAAUGAUAUCGAGAUAUGUCAUAAAGGAGGCCGAACAAUCCAAUGGGUGCGAAACUGGGCGUGGUGGCGUUACUAUAGAGAUUAUUUUCCAAUUAAACUUGUGAAAACCGUUGACUUGGAACCCAAUAGGAACUAUCUCUUCGCGUGCUUUCCACACGGCGUUGUCUGCUCCGGGGCUUUCGGGGCAUUCGCGACAAAUGCUCUGGAUUUCCACAAAGUUUUUCCUGGCUUGAGUUGCCAUAUGAUAACCUUGGCUGGGCAUUUUCUGGUUCCCAUUUUCCGGGAACUUUUACUAGCGUUUGGGACUUGUGCAUCUUCAAGGGAAAGUUUGGAGUAUCUGUUGGAUAUAAAACGCAAUCAAGGAACAUGCGUGUGCCUGAUUGUUGGUGGAGCUGCUGAGGCAUUGGACUCACAUCCUGGGGAGUAUAAAGUUAUUUUGACCAGACGAAAAGGCUUUAUUCGGGUUGCUAUGAAGUCCGGAGCACCCAUAGUACCGGUGUUCUCCUUCGGUGAAACAGACGUGUUCAGACCACCUCACAAUCCCCAGGAUAGCUUCCUACGCAAGUUCCAGGAGAAGGUGCGUCAGGUAACUGGCAUUUCACCAAUGUUUCCUAUUGGAAGAGGACUGUUUCAGUAUUCAUUUGGAGUUCUACCUUUGCGAUCACCCAUUACCACUGUCGUUGGUGCACCUUUAGAAGUUGAAAAGAAUCUAGAUCCAACAGACGAAGAAGUUAACGCCUUACACGCUGAAUUCACAAAACGACUGAUUGAUCUCUUUGAGACUGAAAAACCUAAGUAUUUGAAGAACCAUGAGAAAAUAUCAUUAAUUAUCACAUAGUAUUAUGUGCGUACUUUAUUUCCAGUUAAAUGUUACCAACAAAUUAAAUUAGGUGAACUGCCAACCAAAACGGAAUAGAUUAUUAAGAAUAAUUCAGCCACUGCAAGCAAAUUUGAAUAAUGCAUUACCCAUGUCUCUGACAUACUUGGUAUUAAUUAUAAUUACUUAUAUAGUUUUUUUGUUUUGCAUUCUAAAUUUAUUAAAUAUUCAAUUGAGU